AGACUCCUUUCUAAGCAACUCAAGUUCGUGGUGAUACAGGCCUUCUUCUGAAGAGACAGAGUCUUAUCUUAAUGAAUGACGAAGAACCGUCAGAACUUCCUUUGGAGGAUCAGGAAUACGGUGAACCAAGGACAUAUGAUCCAAAUUUCCAAGGACCUACUGCCAACAGGAGGUGUACAGAUGUUCUGUGCUGCAUAAUCUUCAUAAUAUUUAUUAUAGGCUACAUUUUCUUAGGACUUGUAGCCUGGGUACAUGGAGACCCCAGAAGAGUGGCUUAUCCUACAGACAGCCAGGGCCACUUCUGUGGCCAGAAGGGCACCCCCAAUGAAAAGAAGCCCAUUUUGUUCUAUUUUAAUCUGUUCAGAUGUGCUAGUCCUGCUAUCAUGGUAAACCUACAGUGCCCGACCACACAGGUCUGUGUGUCUAAGUGCCCAGAAAAAUUUUUAACUUAUCUGGAAAUGCAACUUUUGUACAAAACAGACAAAAGUUAUUGGGAAUACUACCGUCAAUUCUGUAAGCCCACUGCUCAGCCUGCCAAGUCUCUCACAGAAGUCUUAAUGGAUGGUGACUGUCCAACAGCAGUGUUUCCAAGCAGACCUUUUCUCCACCGAUGUUUCCCUGACUUCUCCACAAGAAAUGGCACUUUGACAGUAGGGAGCAGGAUACUGUUUGAAGAUGGAAAUGGAAAGACAAGAAAUGCUAUAGAACUCAGAGAGGCUGCAAAUGGCAUCAAUAAAAUCCUUGAUGCAAGGACAGUUGGAAUGAAAGUGUUUGAAGACUAUGCAACAACUUGGUAUUGGAUUCUUAUUGGCCUGGCUAUCUCCAUGGUUCUUAGUUGGCUAUUUUUGAUGCUCCUGAGGUACACAGCUGGCUUCCUCUUCUGGUUCUUCAUGUUGGGUGUGCUUGGAAUUCUAGCAUAUGGAAUAUGGUACUGUUACCAUGAAUACAAAAAACUUGAAGACAACCCAAAUUCCUCAUUAAGUGUUUAUGACAUUGGGAUUCAGACUAAUAUUAGCAUAUAUUUUCAACUGAAACAAACAUGGUUCUCAAUAAUGAUAAUAUUCUGCAUCCUUGAAGGGAUUAUCAUCCUCCUGUUGAUCUUCUUCAGGAAACGAAUCCAUGUUGCCAUUAUCCUGCUGAAGGAAGGGAGCAAAGCCAUUGGAUAUAUCCCUAGCACAUUAAUUUAUCCACUUGUGACUUUCAUUUUGCUCUCAAUCUGCAUUUCCUACUGGGCGGUUACAGCAAUUUUCUUGGCAACUUCAGGUGUUCCUGUAUACAAAGUUGUAGUCCCAGAUGGCAAAUGCAUACAUGAAAAUGAAACAUGUGACCCUGAGAUGUUCAAUACAACUGAAGUUAUCAAAAGUUGCCCUGGGGCUCUGUGUAACUUUGCUUUCUAUGGCGGAAUGACUCUGUACCAUAAGUACAUUCCUACCUUCCACAUAUAUAAUCUAUUUCUCUUUCUCUGGCUUAUAAACUUCAUCAUUUCAUUGGGUCAAUGUGCCCUUGCUGGUGCCUUUGCUACUUAUUACUGGGCCAUGAGAAAACCUGAUGACAUCCCACCACAUCCACUUUUUACUGCAUUUGGUCGAGCCAUCCGGUAUCAUACAGGAUCUCUAGCAUAUGGGGCAUUAAUCCUUGCAAUAAUUCAAACAUUUAAAGCGACCCUAGAAUACUUGGACCGUCGUAUUAAGGAUGCCCAUAACAUCUUUGCUAAAUUCUUACAAUGCUGUCUGAGGUGCUGUUUCUGGUGUUUAGAAAACAUGGUGAAGUUCUUAAACAGAAAUGCCUACAUCAUGAUUGCACUGUAUGGCAAAAACUUCUGCAGGUCAGCAAGAGAUGCUUUCAAUCUGCUGAUGAGAAACAUUUUAAAAGUUGCGGUUACAGAUGAAGUUACAAACUUUGUAUUACUCCUGGGGAAAAUUCUAGUUUCUGGCUUUAUAGGAAUUCUGGCCUUCUUGCUCUUCACAGAAAGGUUGCCAAUGGUCGCGUAUGAACCAACAUCAUUAAAUUACUACUGGGUCCCUUUGGUGACUGUCAUUGUUGGAUCGUACCUAAUUGCGCAUGGGUUCUUCAGUGUCUAUGCAAUGUGUGUUGAGACAAUUUUUGUCUGCUUCUGUGAAGAUCUGGAAAGAAAUGAUGGAUCUGUGGAAAAACCUUACUUCAUAACCCCUAACCUUCAUGGGAUUCUGACCAAGAAGCAACCAGUUCCCCAGAAGCAGAAAGUUUCCCAGGAGUAAAGCUCCCAACCGUGCCACUUCCUUAGCUGAACUUAUGUAAAUUAGCUCCAUUGUCAUCUGAAAAAUGUUGCUAUCGAGAAUUUGAACUUUCUGUGCUACUUCUAAACAAUUAGCACAGAAACUGAGGUGUGCCAACUGAGGUACUGGAUUUGGAUAGCAAUAGCUUGGGUGAAGUUGUAAUACUUUAUAGUCUGGUUCCCACUGAAGAGCAAAGUGUUCAUGCAGAACAUUUUUUAAAACCGAGUGCUGAACGUGUUUAAUAACUUUUAUAAGUCAGUGUGCUGUUUCCAUUGGGGCACUUUGAUAGCCUAUCUUUUUAUAAGUGUAUAUUUGUAAAGGAAAUUUCAGGCAAUUUUUGAAGACACUAUAAAUGUGUAAUCAACUAGCCAUAAAAUAUUGAGUUAUAAUUAACCAGCAUAUGGUACUAACAUUGUAAAUAUGGUGCUAUGGUUAUAUUUAUACUGUUCAAGCUGGUGGACAACUCUCUAAACUGUGAUUAAACUUUAUUAACCGCUCACUUGAAAGAGCAUUUCAGUGAGUGAAUUGAGUCCAUAACAGACAUCCAGAUAUUAAUAUCACACAUGGUCUGCAGAGGGCAGCACUAGUAAAACUUAUCUUGGAACUUUCAUAGUCCAUUUAGUUCUAAUGUCAUGACAUUUAUACUGAAGUUCAAUCUGAGCUCUGGAAUCUAUCAUUUCCAAAAUAUGAACUUCUAGCCACCAUGGGAAUGUUCUGAUGCUGCCACCCAGAAUCUGAAUUUUCACUCACACCACAUAGAAGUGAGUUAUGAAUCUGUUUCCAAAGUGUGAUUUUUUUCUUUUACAGAACAUACCUAUUUCUAGAUUAAAGUAUGAGGUUUUUGUUCUACAAAAAAUAGUUCAACUUUUCAUGAGAGAAGAGAAGAGAUAAGAAAGACACUUCAGAUCUUUCCUUAUGGAAACAGACUGUUGUCCCUCAUCUGGUGGGAUAUCCUUUAGGCUAGGACCUCCUUCCCCCAGUGCUUAAGAGGAAAGUUGUCACCACCUUCCUCUGCUAUAGGCCAGGGUAACAUGCUGAUUUCUGUUAGCCUAAAAUCUUGCAUGACAGAACAAAGCAUGGAGCCAUCUCUCAUAUUCUUUUCCUCUGCAGUCCUUGUGUGCAAAUGUGUGUGACAAUAUGGAUUAACAGUGUAAAGCUGUACCUCAAGAAAGGAGCACUGAGUCAGUUACCAUGCUCUUGCUUUGAUACUAAAUGUGAAUAUAAUAUUAUCUAUGUGUUGAUCAAAGAGCAUGUUGCUUUAACCUGUUGAUCUGAAUAGGAUUCACACAUCCAAGAAGAGAGUUAGAAAUGCAUUAUUGUCUUAUAAAUCAAUUGUAAAUACAGAUUUAUUCAACUAUCCUGACAUGUAGGAACUUAUAUGCAGACUAAGUUCAUGACAGCUUAAUAGCAAGAAUAGGGGAGAUUUUUCAAAUUAAUUGAUUUUAAUAAUGACUAUCAACUUGUUCUUAACUUAUUUUCUAGAGGCUACUAUAGUCAAAAGCACCACUGGAUUCACAUCUUGGCAAAGAGCUUUCUCCUUUCUUGUUCUCCUUGAAGCAUAAUACAGGGAAGAGUGGUGACACAUUUUUUCUAGAUUUUUAUUAGAAAGAGUCUCAACAAAAAUUCAGUAGUCUCUACUGUGAAGUUGCUAUAAAUAUAGAUGCUUAUGUCCUAGCAAGAAAUUCUGAUGUAUUAUGUAUUCAUGUGGACUACUGUGUGAAUUACUACAAAAUUCUCUCUUGAUUCUCAGACACAUAAAAGAUGGGAAAUCAGUUGAAUAAAAUAACAAUCAGCAUGUGAGAAAUUAGUUACCUGUUUGACUAUAUUAUGGCUUAUUCUUCGUCAGAAGAAAAUAAUCUCCAUUUACUACUUCUGUGUGUAAUUAAAAUCAUAGUCAAAAUAAGCAUUACUUUUGAGCAGAAAUUUUGUAGCCAUUUUCUUACACAGCAAUUAAACUAAUAACUGUG